AUGAAACCACAAUUGCCAAAAUUAAAGAAGGGGCAGAAGCAAAGUGAUGCUUCGGAUGAUGACAUUGUCAAGGAUUUAAAAACUCAACCACUAGAAAGUUUGUUAAGUGAUCUUGCUCUUUAUAAAGGAGAUGAGAUUGAAGUUCUAACCAAAGAAGAACCAACCUUGUCUUUAACUAAUUUAGAUAAAAACGAGUGGGGAGUAAUUAAGCAAAAAGUGUUUGCUGAUCUAUAUGGUUCUUGGGAAAACACCGCUGAGGAAGGACAAAUAGUCAAUUUAAGCGAAAAAAUAAGUGCGGAUUCAGAAGAUUUAGUAGUUAGCGAAGCAGAUAUUGAUAAAACUGCAUUUUCACCUAGCGCUAAACAACAAGCUAAAUGGAAAUUACAGGAAAAGAAAAUUGAAUUGAUGCCAGAAACUACGGACCAAACCAACCCAGCCGAUUACACGAUGGCUUUAAUGUUUGCUGAAAGCUUUGGUAAAACAGUAGCUCAAGAAAUGCUACCUAAAGUUAUCGCUGCAAUCACUAAGGACACCAUGGAAGGUUAUCGAAAUUUAGAUCAAGAGUGGGGUCAAAACCUAGUUGAGGAUGAUGGAACUUAUUUAAAAGGUAUUCGUGGAGCAGCAAAGUUUGAGCAAAUUGAAAAACAACAGCAAAAAAAUUACGAAAAUAAAAAAAAUAGUGAAGCGGUAAAAGAAAUAAAAGUUAAAGAAGGGACAGAAUUAAAAGGAGGAUUGGAGAUUAAGGAUUAUCCUGAUUUAGAAGCUAUUUUUUUACCUUUUACUAAAGAAAUAACUACUUUAACUAUUGGUAGUUGUCCUAAAAUUGAGGUGAUUUUUGUUCCGGGGAAUAAGAUUACGAAGAUUGAAGGGCUUAAAGAUUUGACUCAAUUAAGAGAGUUAAACUUUGGUGAAAACCAAGUAGAAGAGAUUGACGUUAGCAAUAAUAACAUUUUAGAAGAUCUUUCUUUGCAUAAGAAUCCAAAAACUUUUAAGUUUACUGGUGAUACUCUUCCAAUUGCUAACAUUUUGGAGGGGUUGAGUGAAAAUGAUUUGAAAGAGGUGGCCGACAAGUUAGGAGUGAAGACGGAAAACAAGCCAAAAGAGGAUAUUAAGAAAGAGAUAAUUGCAGAAAUAGAAAAGAAUAACCAGAACAAAGAGAAAUUGAAAGAUCCUAAAACUGGCAUACCGGAUUUAUUGAAUGAGAAUGGUGAAAUUGACAAAGAUAAAUUAGAGAAAUUAAAGGACGAUGCUAAAAAGUAUGAAGCUUUGGUAGCUGAGCCGAAAAAUGAUCCAGUUAAAAGUGCAGGCAAAAAGGAUAUUGAACAAGCAGAAUUAACUAAGUUAAUCGAAGCGGUUGAAAAAAUUAAAAAUGUGCUAGGAGUGAGUCCUAAUAAUCCUUUACCAAAUGAUUGGGAAAAUAAAUUAGAUGAUCUAAAAAAUAGACCAACUCGGGACGAUUUAAACAAUGCAGUAAAAAAUGCAGAAGAAAAGUACAAAGAUUACAUUAAUCCAAAUAGUCCUGGCGAUAAAAACAAAUUAGAGCAAGCUGCUAAAGAUGCUGGUUUUAUUAAUCCCGCGGACAGUAGUGCUUUGGAAAAAGCGGCCAAUGGACAGGGUAAGACGGUAAUCAGUCAAACAGAUUUAAAUAAUCUCAGAAAUAAUCAAGAGAAGCAUAAACCAGAAGACCUAGAAAAACAUAAACCAGGCGAUUUAAAGCCAGUUGACUUACCUGCUAAUUGA